AUGAAAUUUUUAGCAAUUCUUUUAAUUUUAAUUUCUAUUUUGGGUCUUUCAAGUGCUAUCACAGUCCAACAUAUCAAUGCAAGAAUCUUUUGCGGUAGAAGUUGCUCCAAUCCUGAAUAUACAGAUAUUUCCAUCAAUGUUAAUCAAUGUACAGUUUUAUCAAAAGAAGCAACUUGUAACUAUGCCCUCCCAUACAUUACCGUCAGUCCAAACAUCAAUUCUUUAAAUUCUUCAUAUAUCGUAUCUGCCUCAAUUGGUUGUGGUAUGGCUACUCUUACAUCUAAAACAGCUUACAUCGGAAUAUGUAAUCCUUACACAAUAAGUGGUGUUGAAUUUUCAGUUUAUGCUGAUCCUCCAAUUGACGGAGCUAGCUCAUCAAACUCUUUAAAGCCAAUGGUUUUGUUCUCUGCCUUUGUCUUCUUUAUUAUUUCCUUGAUUCUAUAA